UGCAACCAUCCACACGUCGUUGAAUAUCAGCCAUGGAGAAAACAAGCUUUAUAUUGAACGGAUUGGAACCCUGUGAACCUAUACCAGAAGAUCUAGUUGGAAAAGUAUUGCUACAAAGUUUGAGGAGGGAUGGUGGUGACAGAGAUGCACUGGUCGACGCAUCCACUGGGAUUACUUUAUCUUACAAUGGUAUUUUGGAACAAACCUGCAACUUGGCCGAAGCUUUGCGGAGAUGUGGAACUGGUCCAGAUUCGAUUAACGUAAUUUGCAGCGAGAAUAACUUGGAAUAUUUCAUUCCAGUACUGGCUUGUUUAUAUCUGGGCUGCACUGUAGUUCCUAUAAACCAUCUCUAUACGUCCUAUGAGCUAGAAUAUAGUUUGGAAUUAACGGAACCAAAUAUCAUAUUCUGCUCACAAGCAACUUUGAAAAAUAUCAGAAAGUGUGGAGAAAAAUACCUCACAAAGUUAAUAGUUAUAGACAGUACUGAUGAUGUUCCUGGAACAAUUACUUUGAAGGAGUUUGUGACUGAGCAUCUCAACGGUAUAUCGGUGAUGUCACAAGAGUUUCAACCAUUCAAUGCGUCCAAUCCAGCAAAACAUGUAGCAUUCAUCUUAAGUUCUUCUGGCACAACAGGCCUUCCGAAAGGAGUGAUGAUCACCCAUGAGAUGAUACUAGUUAGGAUUGCACAAUCACGGCAUCCUCUCAUGAUAUCAACAACCGAACAUAAGGUGAAUCUUGGCAUUUUACCAUUCUUUCACGUCUACGGCAUGUGCAUUGGGAUAACUUCAAUCGUCAAUAGAGAGAUAUUAGUCAUUUUGAAAAGAUUCGAACCCAAUACGUUUCUGAAGGCCAUUCAGGAUUAUAAAAUAACGAGUAUGUCUUUAGCACCUCCAAUUAUAAAUUUUCUUGCGAAAUCUCCAUUAUUAGAUGACUAUGAUUUGUCUUCAGUUGAUGAGGUUUACUGUGGGGGUGCUCCAUUGAAUGCUAGCCUGGGAGAAAUUUCGAUAAACAGACUGAAAAUCAGGAUGAUAAGACAAAUUUAUGGCCUAACAGAGACAAUAGCAAUCACCAUCAGCAAUCCCAUAGAUGUAUAUAAUCCUACUUCUUCCGGUAAAGUGGUGCCUUAUAUGAAAAUAAAAAUAGUGGACCAAGAAUCGUUCGAAGUUUUGGGACCCAAUCAAUUGGGAGAGAUACAUGUUAAAGGACCUAUCAUGAAAGGCUACUACAAAAACGAACAAGCUACAAGGGACUCAUUCAGUCCAGAUGGAUGGUUCAAAACCGGUGACUUGGGAUAUUACGACGAGGAUGGAUAUUUGUUCAAUGUGGAUAGGUUGAAAGAAAUGAUAAAGUAUAAGGCACACCAGGUUGCUCCAGCUGAGAUUGAAGCCAUCUUGAUUAAUCAUCCUAGUGUCCUUGAUGCUGGUGUUGUUGGUAUUCCGGAUGACGAGGCAGGAGAACUUCCAUUGGCAUUUGUUGUCAAACAGAGUGGGAUUGAUGUUACAGAAAGGGAGCUCCAAGAAUAUGUGUCUCAAAAAGUGUCACCACAGAAACGACUCAGAGGUGGAAUCAUUUUUGUUUCUGCUAUACCCAAGAGUACCAGUGGAAAAAUAUUACGCAAAGAACUGCGAAAAAAAAUUGGUGAGCGUUAACCUUCGAGAUUAUGAGAAAUUGAGCUGAUAUGAUGUGACCAACUAGAGAUUCAUAUUUUGUAUUCAUACUACAUAUAUGUGUUUUACUGAUAUUUAUAUACGAGAGACAUCAUCAAAGAGGAUAAAUUAUUUCGCUUCAAUCAAUAUCUAUGACAGAAACAAAAUACAAGUGUGAAAUUCUGAA